UUCUCUAGGAAGUAGCACCAAAUGGAAGACAGGACUCCUGGAUUGCUUUCCUGCUGUGCUGAGCUCUGCCUUCUGGUAAGACCUGUGCACCUCCUGGAAGAAAGUUUUCUUCCUUCUGCACAAGUGAAUUCAUCUGAAAGGUGACAUAAAUGCAGAGAUAGCAGUGAUUUCUUAAAUAACAUUCAUCAAAUCAGGAAGGUAGAAUAAGUGAUCAUUACUCUGCCUUCAGCUCAAGAGUACAUCAGUGUGCUCUGCAGACAAUAACAGUGGCGAGCGCAGAGAACAGAAGGUUUCUAAGCUAUAUAGUGAUUAUUAUCAAUUACUAUAAGGCAUUUUAAUCUAGAGAGAAAACGUAGAAAAUGGAUCACGGGCAGAAUAAUAAUUUCAGUUUGAAAGAGACCAUCUUGCCCUGGGAAUGUAUGGUUUGAGUGUGGCUCCUGGGUGCUGUGUGCUAAAUCACUUGUGAGGCAGAUGUAAGUGAUUGGCUGGCACAGAAAGCAGCUUCAGAAGCCACACUGUAAACAGAGCAGUGCUGCGAGGCUCCGAGGAAGGCACUGCGUGCAUUGGAGCACUGUGACAGCGGGGAGCAGAGAGCACUGAGACCACACACUGCUCCCAUCUCUGCUUCCAUCUCAGCCUGCUGUGGGCAAGGACUCCAUCAAGGCAGAGGGGAGGGCAGCUCUGCUUCGUUAUCAUCCCCGGGCACUUUGUUUGGAUGAGAGUUGAGAAGGAAUAUUUCCAUGGGUACGGGAUGAGAAGCACGGAAAGGUGAUUUAAAGUCGACGACCUGUCUGGAGGUGCUGGUGUUGCUGGCAAACAGCAGUGCUAAGAGUUGGAGGAGGAAAAUGAAGCCAGGUGCCCUCCUGAACCGAGCUACCUAUCAAAGCUGAGAGCAACUGGUGGGGACCUCUUGGAGUCGGACUCCUGGAAAGAACAACGGGAAUUCAGGGGUGCCAUGGAUUCAGAAGCAGAACUAUAGCUGUUGCCAAGCUGCCUUAAAACUGAGAUCAGGACACUACUGGAAAACAACCUAAGAAGGAACAAUUUGUCCUGGGAAAGCAGGUGGCCAAAAGAUCAUUCCUUCCUUGCUCCAUUACGCUCUCUGGCUGUGUUCUUGUCCAUAUGUGCAAGGGCUAGGAAAAGCCUAGGCAGAUCUGUGGCCAGAACAAAAGAAACCACUUUGAAAAAGGUUUGGGUUUGAUCAGCAGCAUUCUUGCAACAUGGCUGACCAGGAGACCGAGGACUUAGCAGCAGAAAGCCUCUUGGCCAAGUCUAAGAUGCAUCCCAGUCUCCCACCGUAUGACAUGGAUGACCAGCUCCUUCCCCGGGAGCCACGGAGCACCUGCGGCUGCUGGGCAUGGGCUCUGCUGAUAGCCACCAUGAACCUCUUAGUCUUUUUCAUCAACUUGCUCCUGAUGCUUGUUAUCUUCACCAUCGUGUUGCUUCCCACCAUUGUGGUCGUUUACUUUGGCUUCCAGUGCCACUCUCGGGUGCUGCACUCCACUGCCCGCUACUGCAGAACCAUCCUGGAUGACAACAGCUCCUCGGCCCUCAUCAUCCUGGGCUUCGUCAUCAUGUCGCCCCUCAUCGUGGUGGCCAUGGCCACCUACUGCAGCCUGGCCAGGCGCCUUCGCCUCCUCAUGUGCUUCCAGCCGUGCAGCCGGGCCCUGUACAAGGGCGUGAAGUGGCGCUGGUAUGAGGAGGGCGGUCUGUGCGGCUGUGCCAGGGGCUGCAGCCCCCAUGUCAAGGCCUGGGUCUGAGCCAGAGGCCCCAUCCCACCCAGCGUGCCCUUCUCCCUAUCCUCACCCUCCCCGCUGCCUCCCAGCAUCACCCUGAGACCUCUGCGGAGCAGUGCUCAUUGUAAGCAAGAGAAGUGUCAUGAGCCACCUCCUAUAGCUUUGUCUAUAUCAUAGUAGAUUGCUGCUCACCACCAGGGAGGGAUUGUCAGUGCAGCUCCUUGAUGUUAAAAACAACAUGCAGCAGAAUUCCUCCAGGACCUGCUGUGCUCAUGGCAGCUCUAUUUCCAGUCUUGACAGCAUGGUCACAGAGGUCUCCUUGGGUUUGGCUGCUGCUGGGAAAGCAUCCAGCCAUAAGGAAGCAGCUGGGGUUUCUCAGUGCUGGGCAGUCCCAACCUCUGUAGGUCAUUGCUUCUGCAGUGCUAGAGAUCUGCAGAGUUCCUACGCACCAGAUGUUCUUCCCCAGUUAACAACCCCUCUUUCCCAUAGCCUAUAGCAGUGCUAUGCUUGUUUUCCUGUCCCCGAGCCAGGUUGUUGGGCUGGCUGCAGAUAUACGCAGUUCUUUGGGUCUGUCCCCCUCCAGCUGCUGAUCUGAAGUGUGCUUGUCUGGUGAUAGCUGGUGGGUAUUAACCUGCAAAUCAUUCUUUGUCCUUCGCUGUGGUUUUUGUUCAGCUCCGUUUUAAGGCUCCUCGCAGGACGAGCUGGAGAUCUCCAGUGGCCUCAGAGUCACUGCAGGCUCUUCCAGGGCUGGGUAAGAGAUUUCAGAGACAGUGCCUUGUUCUGAGACACCUGGAUGUAGCAUUAGUGCUGCACAAUCUGAAGAGUGGAUGUGAGAAGGUAUGGCAGCUGGGUGUAAGCGUGUGAUGCUCCAGGUGGUCCUGCUGGAGUAGGUUUGGACCAGAUGAUCUCCAGAGGUCAUCCCCAGCUGUGUUGUGAUGUUUUCCUUUAAGCCCUGAUGGUUUCAGGCACGGCAUCAGUGGGGCUGUGUGCUGCUGACUGCUGCAAGCUCCGUGCUCCCCCCGCUGCUCUUCCUAUCUGCCAACUAUUGCCAUUGCUAUGUCUGAAUAAAGA